AUGCAUCAGAUCUACAGCUGCAGUGACGAAAACAUAGAAGUUUUCACCACCGUGAUUCCUUCCAAGGUGUCCAGUCCAGCCAGAAGAAGAGUCAAAAGCUCUCAACACCUCUUGACGAAGAAUGUGGUGAUCGAGUCAGACCUGUACGCGCACCGGCCCCUGGAGCUGCUGCAGCAUCGCGGGGACCGGCGGGACGCGGGCGACAGCCGCAGGGUGGGCCGGCUCCAGACCGGACGGCCGCCCGGGGCGCCUCCCGCCAAAUCCCUCGCCAGACCUGUGGGGAUUUCAGAACCCAAAGCAUCGAAUCUGUGUGGAAAUCGAGCAUAUGCAAAAUCUUUGAUUCCUCCAGGGCCACGGAUCUCAGUGGAGGCGGCAGCCCCCGGCUCGGAGAAGGGAGCUGUUCUGACGAGAGGAUCCAGACAUCUCAAGAAGCUGACCGAAGAGCACCCAACCCUUCCCCAAGGAGCAGAAGCCUCCCUACCGCUGACAGGCAGUGCUUCCUGCGGUGUCCCCAGCAUCCUCCGGAAAAUGUGGACGAGGCACAAGAAGAAGUCGGAAUAUGUGGGAGCCACUAACAGCGCCUUUGAGGCUGACUAA